AUGGUGGCAUGUUAUUUGCAGAUGAUCACACCGAAGGAUAGCGAUACUAAAAACAUCAGUCGUUCAAGCAGUCUCAAACGGUGCUCCAAACAUAUGUCGCUAAGUCAAUUUGUUAAAUUUGAAAAAUUGCUGCAUCAGAGCACAUCGAUCCAACAUCCGAACAUCGUGGACUGUAUUUGCGAAAUAUUUAUCGUUUACCAAGCGUCUCUGAAGGAGCACAAAGUGAUGAAUAUCUGUCAUAAUGAUCCUGCGGUGGUGGAAGCGCUAUUUAGAUGA